AUGAAAGGUUCUCAUCAAAAUAGUUCCUCAUCUUCAUCGAUAUUGACAAAUUCAAAUAAUACUAACAAUUCAAAAUCAAAUUCAACUUCAAACUCAAGGAAUAAUCAACAACUAAAGAAGAUAAAAACUAAUGAUUCAAAACUACCAAAAAAAUAUAUGGAUUCUAAUAGUAACUCUCCAAACUAUUAUCAAGUAGCUACACCAAAAUCCCCAGGUGAUUUGGGGCUAUCAAGUGGGGAGAAUGAUCCUGAUUAUGGUCAUAACAAUCCUAAUAUGGCAAAUGAACCACUGGAUGUUACUGACUAUAAUGCUUCCUCAUCAAUAACCAUUCUUCCUAACAAGGAUACAACAACACAAAUGCAAGAGGAGAAAAAACGAUCAAGCACCUUCAUGAAUAAUUUGAAGUUUAAAACUAUGAAAAAUGAAAUAUUAGAUAAAUUAAACUUACAUAUAAUGAUUAAUCAUAAAGAAGAUGAUGAUAUUAGAAGAGAAAUUAAGAGGACAGAUGCGAAAUUGAAAGUGAUAGAAACAUUACAUGAUGAUAAGGAUUUAUUAAAUAAAAUUGAAAAAUUUAAUGAAAAUCAAUUACAAGGGAAAAAAUUUGAAUUAGAACAAAGAAAUCAACAUCUUUCAAACUCAUCAUUCGAUUUUUUCAAUGAUUUUGUACCUAGAUCUUCCUCCGGAUUAUCAAUGUCCAUGUCAACUGCAAAUAACAAUAAUAAUAAUAAUAAUAAUAGACCCCCAUUGUCUACUGGGACAAAUGUUCAAUCUCAUCCCUAUCAUACACGAAGUAAAAGUCAUGGUAAAUUAUUAGAUCUCUCUCUGUUAGAAGCAACCCCAAGGUCAAGUUCUACUUCUAAUACAAACCUAAAAUCAUUUGGAAGGAAUUAUACAGAUAACGUAAUCGAUGGGAAAGGUAUAACACCGAAGAACACAGCUAUUCUUAAUAUGAAGAAAAAGUCUACUGCACCAACUACAAUCUCAAGUUGUAGUGGUAUGGUGGGCAAGAAUGAAAACAAUGAAGCAAUUUUUAAAAGAUACGACGGUAUUCUCGUCAUUAUAACAUGCGCAAUAUGUGGAAGAAGAGGUUUUACAACGGCCCAAGGAAUGGUCAACCAUGCACGUUCCAAACAUUCUAAAACCUUCUCAAAUCAGCCCUUAGCGGUAUUGAAUAAUCAAACAUUAUUACCUAAUGAUCAACAAGAUCCAUCAAUAUUGAAAAAAUUUGAAGAAUUAAGUAUGGACCCCAACAUCGAAUAUCUACCUGAUAGUAUUGCACUACCAUUUAAAAUCAAUAAGAAUAUUAGUAAUAAAUCAUCAAAAAGAAGUGCCUCUAGUAAAAUAAAUAGUAGUUCCAAAAUAGGUAAGAAAAAUAAAAACAAAAAUUGUAACAAUAUUAACGAUAAUACUAUUGACGAUAAUAAUAAUAAUAAUAUUGAUAAUAACGUUAAUUCAUUGAAAAUAGUUGAAACUCGAAUGGUACCUCAUUUGAAAAAUAUCUAUCCUGACAAAGAUAAUAAUGAACCGUUCGAUGAUUUACUUCAAAUGGUAAAUAAUGCACAUAAAGAUUUAGAUGUGAUUUUGAAACAACCUGAAGAGAAAGAUGAUGAAGACACUGAAGAAAAGAAAGAAGAUGAGCCUCCUUACAUAGCAACACCGUCCGAUCAACUUUCCAAAAUUCCAUCAUCUUCCAAUUCUAUAGAAGAUAUGACAUCGCUUGAAAAUCUACCGAAUAAUAGUAAUAUAAUUCAAGAUCCACCAUCACCCCCUGUUGUCCCAGUUGCAUUACAAAGAAAAAUCUUAAGAAAACGUAAACAUGAAGAAGAAAAUAAAAGGGAAAAAUUAGAAAAUUUACUUCCUAGAAGCGCAACUAUUGAUAAUGAUAAUGAUAAUGAUACUAAUAAUAAUGAUACUCAUAAUAUAAAUAAAAAAUUAAAAAUUGCUCCAAUAGUACUUACCGCAGACCGUAGCUCUAGCUCAGAAAUUGACGAAAAUAAUAUACCACAAACUUCACAAACUUCACAUUAUAAUUUACGUAGGAAACCAAAAUUACGUAGUUAUAAAGCGUAA